UGUUUUGCACUGUUCACAUCAGAUGCAUGCCUUUUGUUUUGUUGCUAUAUUAAAUUAAAUAAAAUAUUAAUUGAAGUUUCCGUUUCAUCUAAAAAUUUUUGCACCUGCAUCAACAGACACCAGGGAAAAUAAAAGGCUCCUCCUAGAUGGAAGUGAAACUGACUAGCAUCUUCUGGCGCCCAUUGCUUGGUUACUCUGGAUCAUCAUUGAGUGCGUUAGUAUGGAGAUCUGUCUGGAUAUCUAGCUGCCAACUGAGACGAUGAUACUUUCCUUGGUCAGUUUAGAUAGUGAACUCCAAAGCUAUGACAUCCACACGGAAAGUGUAUUUUACUAUUAAUUUUGCACACUCUUGAAGCCCCACUUGAUUUAUAUUUGUCCACUACAAAAAUCCCUACUUAUUAAUUGGCAAGUAUCUUGUUGCCCGGUAGCCUCGUACUUCCAUCCCUUUCACCACCGUUUCCAAAGUAUCUAAUCCUCCUCGAGGGCUCUCAGACUCAGUUCUAACACUUUUCUCAGUUCCAAGCUCUCCCUUCCCUGCGACAAAGCUAAACCCAUUCCACUCUCCAAUCUGAUAACAACCCUUCGUUCCAACGUCCAUUUUCCACCAAACCCCUGAACCAAAUUUGGCUGCGCAGCUAAAACCUGAGAUGAAGGAUUGAGGUAAUCACAUCGAAGAUCCAAAAACAUGGGCCUCUUAAAUCUACCCGCAUCCAAACGAAACCCGCGACAAUGGAAGCUGUUGGACAUUAUAUCUGCCAUAUUCUUUGGCCUCGUACUCUUAUUCCUCCUGUUAGUAUUCAGCCCUCUUGGUGAUUCCUUGGCUGCCUCUGGUAGGCAAGCCCUGUUGCUUUCAACGUCGGAUCCGAGGCAACGGCAUCGACUGGUGGCUCUGGUGGAACUGGGCCACCACCACCAGCCCAUUGAAGCGUGCCCUGCCGAUUCCGUUGAUCAUAUGCCAUGUGAGGACCCCAGGCUUAACAGCCAGCUGAGCAGGGAUAUGAAUUUUUAUAGAGAAAGGCAUUGUCCUUUGCCUGAUGAAAUGCCACUUUGCUUGAUCCCUCCUCCUCUUGGCUAUAAAAUUCCUGUUCAGUGGCCUGAAAGCUUGCACAAGAUAUGGCAUUCCAAUAUGCCACACAACAAAAUUGCUGAUAGGAAAGGUCACCAAGGAUGGAUGCAAGAGCAAGGCCCUUACUUUAUUUUCCCUGGUGGUGGAACAAUGUUCCCUGAUGGAGCUGCACCAUAUAUCGAGAAACUCGGACAGUACAUUCCCAUAAGUGGUGAAACUCUUAGGACUGCCCUUGAUUUGGGGUGUGGGGUUGCAAGUUUUGGGGGUUCAUUGUUGUCGGAAGGCAUUUUGACACUCUCAUUUGCUCCAAGAGAUUCGCACAAAGCACAAAUACAAUUUGCAUUGGAAAGAGGAAUACCGGCCUUUGUUCUGAUGCUUGGCACUCGCAGACUCCCAUUUCCUGCGUUUGCAUUUGACUUCAUCCACUGCUCUCGAUGCCUGAUCCCUUUUACAGCUUAUAAUGCAACUUAUUUCAUUGAAGUGGACCGUUUACUUCGCCCGGGUGGAUAUUUGGUCAUCUCUGGACCCCCCGUACAGUGGCCUAAGCAAGAUAAGGAGUGGGCAGACCUCCAGGCUGUGGCAAGAGCAGUGUGUUAUGAGUUGAUUGCUGUGGAUGGAAACACAGUCAUUUGGAAAAAGCCUGAUGGAGAUUCAUGUCUACCAAACCAAAAUGAAUUUGGGCUUGAAUUAUGUGAUGAAUCAAAUAACCCAAGUAAUGCAUGGUACUUUAAAUUAAAAAGAUGCGUGACUGCAGCAUCUUCUGUGAAUGGAGAAUAUGCUAUUGGGACAAUUCCUAAGUGGCCAGACAGGCUAAUAAGGGCUCCUUCAAGGGUCUUGGUCAUGAAAAACGGGAUUGAUUUGUUCGAGGCAGACACUAGGCGAUGGGCAAGGAGGGUUGCCUAUUAUAAGAAUACUUUGAACGUUAAGCUUGGGAGUCCAGCAAUACGCAAUGUCAUGGACAUGAAUGCAUUUUUUGGAGGUUUUGCAGCAGCACUCACAUCUGAUCCAGUAUGGGUGAUGAAUGUUAUUCCUGCUCGGAAGCCACUAACUCUUGAUGUUGUUUAUGACAGAGGCCUUAUUGGAGUAUACCACGAUUGGUGUGAGCCUUUCUCAACGUACCCCCGUACUUACGAUCUCAUCCAUGUAGCUGGCAUUGAAUCACUAAUAAAGCUUCCAGGUUCAAGGAAGAGCAGGUGUAACCUUGUGGACCUAAUGGUGGAGAUGGAUCGGAUGUUGCGUCCAGAAGGAACAGUUGUGAUUCGAGAUUCUCCUGAAGUAAUAGACAAAGUGGCUCGCAUAGCUCAUGCUGUAAGGUGGACAGCUACCAUAAAUGACAAGGAACCUGAAUCACAUGGGAGAGAGAAAAUUCUGGUUGCAACCAAAACCUUUUGGCAGCUAACUUCAGCAUCCCAUUGAGAAACGCUUUCUUCUUUCUGAUGUAGGUAUUUUUCCUUGUCAUUUCUUUUUUAUUAUUAUUUGAAGCCAAGUUGUCUUCUCCAUGCGUCAAACAGUUGCAAUAUUGCUUCUUGUUCCUUAUUUGGUAAAUUUAUAUCAAGAAACUGUAGAUUUAGAAAAGUAUAAGAAUCAAAAGACUGCAGCUUUAUGUUAGUAAACACAUUAGAGUGGUCCAUAGCCCGUAUACUUUUUAUUGCUCUGCCUUUCUAACCAGUUAUCCCACGGGUGGUUGGGAUGCAGGAACAAGAGAUGGGUUUUGAGUUUUUGAGAGCAAAACUAGCAUUAUCCUAUCACAAAUCACGAAAGUGUAGCGUUUCAGUCCACUAAGUGUUCAUGAACUGAAAUUUGUAAAUUAGUGCUUUAUCCCUCUGUUCCCCUGGUCAAAAAGAACAUGCCAGAUUUUGGGACAUUGAACAAUGAUGCGACACGGCUUAUGUUCUCUUGGCGUGGCUUGAAGAAAAGAAUUUAUUGUUCUGGGUAAGCAUUCUUGGUUUCUUUAAAUAAAUACCCCCAUCAAAUGGGGUGUCUGAAUGAUAGUUUAUAAUUGUGAUUAUGAUAUCAGAAACACGCGUUUCUGUUCAUGUUUCACCAAAAGCACGCAUCAUCCAAAGUCAUUUUCUAGGUCCAUCAAAGAUUGUUUAUCAUUCACGUUCCAGCGUUUGGACUCCUUUAAAUGUUUAAGCAGUAAUAAUAAUUUUGUUCCAUUUGUUGUGUGCUGUUCUGUGGAGAUGGAGAGAAGGAAUUUAAUGAUGAAACAAUAUAUCAGUCAGUUUUAUUUGAUAAAAAAAAUGUACCAUAAAUUUUAUGCAAUUGGCAUAUAUGAAGCAUUUAAG